AAAGUGAGUCGAAAGCACCAAAGGAGGGCAGCGGGGAAGGGUGUUGUGGAAAAAUCUGAAGAAAUCAAAUAGAAUGUUCCCGGAUGGUUCUGCAACAUCGAGGGAGACAGAGUGAUUCACGAGGCAAAGGAAACAAUGACAGGACCCAACGACGUGGUGUUUAGGAUUAAAAAAAAACUUGGAUCUCCUGUUGUCUCGUGUGAAUCAGAUUUAAAUCCCGGAGUAAUGCUGCCAUCCAAAUAACAAAUGCUAAAGCAGGCGAUGAAAUCUAUAAGGACAGGAGAGCGGACACUUCUCUCUCUGACAUUACACCGAAGUGAAUGGUUAACACUGGAAUACCAGAGAAUUGUGGGUUUUAAAUCGGAUGCCCAGAGAAAAAAAUGGGGUUACUGUCAGCCCCCGUGCAACAUGGAUUGCUCCAGUUCGAUGUGGUCAUUGGCAGAUGUCCAUGUUGGCGCUCAGAGAAUCCUUACCCAUGAGAGCUGAACCCAGGAAAAAGAAGAAAGUGGAUCCAAGGAGGGAUCAAGCAGCGAAAGAUCGUCUGAAGAAAAAGCUAAAGAAACUGGAACGUGUUCCUCCAGAGUUGAUCCCAAUCGAGGAUUUCAUCACUCCUUCAAAAUACCUUGAUGAAUCUAGAGUCCGAGACCCUCCUGAACUGACCAUAGAAGAGAUCGAGAGACGAGCACUUCUGAUGAAGGAAUGGUCACGGCAUAAACAUAAGCAGCACAAAGAAGAAAAGGAAAUGAUUCAGUCCAUGGUGGAGGCUCAGCAGGAAGCACUACAGGAACUGCGUCUGGAAUCAGAGGAGUUGUACCAAGCUGCCAUUGAACGGGACGAAGGACUAUUUCCAUUAGAGUUACAAGGGCCCAGCUUUACUCCGCCUAUACCUGGCUUUCAGGCCCCUGAGGGCAAAUAUAAUAACAUCACAAAGGUAUACAAACAGUGACCUGUUUGAAAUGUCGAGAGAUUUUGAUUGCCCUUUGUGAUUUUUUUUNCUACGUAAAUAAAAUUAAGAGAUGCUGACAAGUGU